GAGCGGUGAGGGCACUAGCUAUUGAUUGGAUGGGAGUUUGACCAGAUCAGAGAAGAAAAGGACUGAAGGGUUAUAAUUUAUAGGGUUUUUGAUGGUGAAAAACAAUGUGGGGCUGCAAGGGUUAAGGCUAAGCAGGAACAUCCAUUACAAGAGUAGGAAUGUUGCUUGGUCUCAUGCUUCCAAAAAUAUAUAGAUGACUGGAAAGAGUACAGCAACAAGCAUUUAGGAUGCUCAAUGGGGUUGGCAACUUAUUGGUAAUUGGUGAUUGGUAACUUACACAAGGAUAUGUUUUGGGUCUUGGAUUUGUACUUGGUGAAAUAUCACAGAUGAGAAGAUCUGGCAGGGGUAUACAAGAUUAUGAAGGGGACUGACAAGCAUCUCUGCACCAGUACAUCCGCCAGUCACCAUGGACGCGGCAGUGAGGGCGGCGCUGGAGGAAGGUCGCGCGGCCGGCGUGGCCGGCCUGCUGGCCGUGGACGCCAGCGGACUCUGUCUGGCCGCCGACGGCAGCCUCAGGGAGCCGGCCAGUGGCCAGCUGGCGGCGCUGGCCGCCGCCGCUCGCCGCGUCGAGCCAGACGCGGCCCGGCCGCCGUUGGUCGCCAUGGAGACGGAGAACGACGUGUGCCUGGUGACGUGUGCUGGCAGCGUCACCACGGCAGUGUUCAAGGAUAAAUAGGGAGGGGUCCUGGAGGGAGGGAUCGCCAUCUGUGGGAGAACUGAGGCCUACAGUGCCUGUUACGUCGCUGCAAACUGGCCGAUGCCAUUGCUCCCACUUCGGAGCGAAGUGAAAGUGAUUUCGCGCGGUGGAACGGUUCUGGGAAAGUGAUACUGGGAGUGGUGCCCUGUUAUAGUGUUGCGUUUGUAUGCAGAAGGGAAAGAGGGCCGUGGAUCGCUGUUGGGCCGCCGAGUUUAGAGCUGAAUUUAACUAUCGCUGUGAAAUACGAAACUGCAGUGGAUGGUGACUGACCAGUCGAAAAACCCAGUAUCUAUGUUUAUGCCUCUUGAAACCGCAAGCUUAUUCAUGUAUUUUGCUGCUUAAGAGCUGUAGUAUGUUACUUUGCUUUGUUAAGGUGCAUAUUGAUCUUAUGAGGCUUUAGCUGCGUGGGGAGGGGGAAGGCAACGUGAAAGCUGUACAUUAUUUGGGCGGCCCAUUGUGGAGAUUAUCUUUGACGAUGUAUACUGUCUGUUUGCAUGUGGGUAUGAAGUACAUCAUGCACAUGUAUAACUGGGCUUUGUGUGCUGUAUGCAUCCCAGAAGUUGCAGCUCAAAAGCCAGUUGUAACUGUUUUUUUCAUACUUAAGUGUGUCAUUUAGUGACAUGUCUGCAAUGUACAAUGCAUGAAUUCAUGUCAUUUUCUGCACUUAGUAAUUCUGUCACUGUUGGAAAUGAUAACUUCAGGGGUUGGCCGCAAGUUCUAAACCAUAAGUGCCUACUAGAGAGCAAAUGGACAUUGUAAUGGUUAAUGCAGUUAUGUAAAUUUGCCUCUUAGACUGAUGCUCAAGCAAGAACAAUCAUUCAGA